GUGAGGAAGAAGUCAGCUAGCGUUAGCUAGUAUACCCUCCACGCUUUGAACAGAAAUUACAGAAAUUACAUUGGAGCUGGCCCUGAAAAAAAGACUGGAAACAGUCGUCCAGGGAUUUAGAGAGGAAAGAUGACGGAGCAAGGUGAGAGAGCUAAGCAGUGGAGUCCCACAAGCGCAGGAUUGAAAACUAUGUGCCCCCAGCAGAGAGCUCGAUACUUGGCUUACGCUGAGCCCUCCAAAGAGGUGCGAGGGUGGAUGGCGGCUUCCAGGCAACGUGUUUCUACUCGACUGUCUCAAGAGAGAAAAGAAAGACAAAAAGACCAGCUUCAAGUCCCGGAUUCAAAAUUGCGUCAAGACGCGCUCAUAGGUCAAUUAAAAGCCGCCGAAGCGAGAAAUAGGAUUCGACAGAUGAGGCUGCAAUACCAAAACUUGAGGGAGCAGGAAAUGAACUUAAUGAUUUCGUGCCAGUCCAACGCGCAGAGCGCUAUACGCCUAGAGCUGCUAUUGCUGGCGAGGGAGAAGAGGGUGAACAUCCGCGACAGCCUGGAUCAGCUACAGAGACGAAGAGUGGAGGAGAUUCUGGAGGAUGACAAGGGCCUGACAAUAAUCAGAGGAUGAAUGAAAGACAAACAACCGCCUGUACCGUAAAAUGCUGAAAUAAAGAAAUAACAUGGUUUAUUAAUUACAAAGGUGCAUAGAAUUUAGUCUCAAUGAUGGAUCACAGAGGCCAUCAUUGGUAUUUUAAUGUUUGAAGUCAUUAUUGCUGACAGAGUUCAUGAGCGCUUCAUGUAGUUGCAAGACAUGUAGCCCGUUGCAAGACAGCUCUGCAGUGUCCUGCAAUAAUGGGACACUAUUGAUUUAACCAAGAAAGACUUGGUUAUGUACAUAUACUGAAUGGCUUGUGGCAUACUAAAGUAAUGGAGUUGUUCUACUGGCCUUCCUCGGAGAAGGAGGAACAGGACUGUUGUAGGUAUGUAGUGAUUUGAGGUUUGACUGCAGAAUAAGUGUUGAACUUUAUUGUAGAAAAGUACAUGAACUAGGCUGUGACAUUGUGACGUUUAGAUUUAUUACAA